AUGGCAUCUUCCCAGAUCAUUGUCAGUACCAUCCUUGCAGUACUAUUCACUUCUAUUUCUGCAAAGGAAUUUAUUGUUGGGGAUGACAAUGGUUGGACCCCUUACUUCAAUUAUCAAGCUUGGGCCAAGGGAAAGGAGUUUGUGGUCGGAGACAUACUAGUUUUCAACUAUCCGGUAGGAGCGCACAAUGUCUUCAAAGUCAAUGGAACUGGCUUCCAAGAGUGCAUAAAGCCACCUCUCAGUGAGGCUCUAACCACCGGAAGUGAUGUGAUCACCCUUGCCACCCCAGGGAGAAAAUGGUAUAUUUGUGGUGUUGCCAAGCAUUGUGCGGUUGGAAAUCAGAAGCUCGUCAUAACUGUUCUGCCUCAAUCUACAUCUCCAGCAUAUGAGUCUGCAAAGAAAUUUAUUGUUGGGGAUGACAAUGGUUGGACCCCUUACUUCAAUUAUCAAGCUUGGGCCGAGGGAAAGAAGUUUGUGGUCGGAGACAAACUAGUUUUCAACUAUCCUGUAGGAGCGCAUAAUGUCUUCAAAGUCAAUGGAACUGGCUUCCAAGAGUGCAUAAAGCCGCCUCUCAGUGAGGCUCUGACCACCGGAAAUGAUGUGAUCACCCUUGCCACUCCGGGGAGAAAAUGGUACAUUUGUGGUGUUGCUAAGCAUUGUGCAGUAGGAAAUCAAAAGUUGGUCAUAACUGUUCUGCCUCAAUCUACAUCUCCAAUGUCAGCCACACGGCCUGCGCGAAAACUAGCUGCUGUGAAUGUCAAGGAAGGAUCACUGAAACGUGUGGCAUUCUUUUGA